CGCGUGCCGCAGGCGGGCUCGCGGUGCGGCGCGGGGUGACAGGACGACCGGACGAGGCUCCUGGUGGCUGGCAGGUGGGCAGCGGCUGCUCGGUGCGGUAGGGCUGGCGUCACACGGCGCCUGCAGGCAGGGGGUGUAGGCUAGAUAGAGUAGACGAGACCAGUCGCGGCGCCGGGUGUGGUGGCCCCGCAAGGCGUCAAAUCGCGCGGCGGCUGGGGCUGGGCUGAUUCAAUGACGCCGUGCACCCGGGCGGGGUGCGGUCAGCGACAGCCUCAAAGCCAGCAAGCCCCAGGCCCAGAGACCUACCACCUCCCCGUUUCACGAGGCGCGGCCAUUAGUAGGCGCGGCCGCGGCCGGCCAGCAGCCAGCCACCGCGCCCACGGCCACCGCCCGGCAGUAUAAGAGUUGCUCCUGCCUUGCCGGUUGCCGCUGCCGAGACGACCAGGCAAAGCGAAGCGAGGGAGCUGCUGCGCGGCCAACCUCGGAGUGGGUAAGAGAGACAGAGAGUGUGUGGGUGCAAGGGACGGUGGCGGUGGGGAUGCAGAUGGAGUGGGACAUGAGAGGAGGAGUGGGAGUCGGGGACGGUGGUGGGGCGAGGGCCGGUGGCCUUGCUGUCGGAGGCGUUGUCGUCGGGGGAGGGGACCAGCACCAGCAGCGCGUGGAGGCGCACUACCGCGGGGUGCGGAAGCGGCCGUGGGGUCGGUACGCGGCGGAGAUCCGCGACCCGUGGCGGAAGACGCGCGUGUGGCUCGGCACCUACGACUCGCCCGUGGAGGCCGCCAUGGCCUACGACCGCGCCGCCGUCGCGCUGCGGGGCUCCAAGGCGAGGCUCAACUUCGGCGGCGGCUGCGGGCGCGCCCGGGAGAACGCGCCGGUGAACCUCCCGCGCGUGCCGCUGCAGGCGCGCUGCCAGCUGCUCGGCGGCGGGCUCGACAUGGGCCGCCCAUCCCCCUGGCACGUCGCCUGCUUCCCGCCGUCCAUGCUGCACCAGGCCGCGGCGCCUCAGGCGGGGGGCCUCCUCGCAGCGGACUACGCCGCGUCGCAGCCGUCGACGGCGCUGGAGCUCCGAACGGGGCCCAGGGCCCUCCCAUUCGACCUCAACGAGCCGCCGUCGAACGGGAGCUAGCAGCAGAGGUCGUGAUCUCCACGAACGCGCGUGGAGCUAGCGGUAGAGGUAGAUCAGAACUGUAUCAAGCGCGGGAUCAUGGUCAUCAUGGAUCAUGGGACGCGGUCGUUAGGAGGGAUCGGAGAGGCUAAUCAACGAGGAGGGGGAGUGGAGACCAGUGAGUUCGGUCCGGUUGUACAUAUACCUACUUAAGGAAAUCUUGCCUUUCUCGUCC